CCCCCCGGCAGGGCCGGCAGCUCCCGGUUCCUCCCGGUUUGCCAGCGCUCUGCCAAGCCGGAGCUUGGCCCUUUAAGAAAGUGCAGCACAGUAGCAGGGGCCGGCCCUGCCUCCUGAAGCCUGCAGCGCUGGAACGGGGCUGGGGAAUGGGAAGCAGUUCCUGAUCUGGGUCCGAGCGAGCGCACACAGCAGCAGCCGCAGCAGCAGCAGCCGCAGCCACCCCAGCUCCGCUCAGCAGCAUCCAGCGCGGGGAUCAGCGCUCUGCCUGCCUCCCUGACACCGGGUGGACGUUCCUGAGCACUGAGCUCAGCUGCUGUAAAAAGCAAAUAGGAAAAUCUACAGCUGGAUAAAAUUGAACAUGAUCAGAAGAUAGCAGCAUACACCAUGAUCAUGGCCCCCCGGAAGAGGAAUCGUCAUGCCUUGGGGUUUCUUUGUUGUUUCGGGGGUAGUGAGCUCCCUGAAAUCAACCUCAAGGACAAUAACCCCCUCCAGUUCCUCGAGUUUUCUGUCCCAAUCCCACCAGCAGAGGAGCUCAAUGCCAGAUUCGCUGAACUUGUGGAUGAAUUGGAUCUCACCGACAAGAACAGAGAGGCAAUGUUUGCACUCCCUCCAGAGAAGAAAUGGCAGAUUUACUGCAGCAAAAAGAAGGAACAAGAAGAUCCUAAUAAACUUGCUACCAGCUGGCCAGAUUACUAUAUUGACCGCAUCAAUUCCAUGGCAGCAAUGCAGACUCUGUAUGCUUUCGAUGAAGAAGAAACAGAAAUGAAAAAUAAAAUAGUUGAAGACUUGAAGACAGCUCUGCGGACUCAGCCCAUGAGGUUUGUGACUAGGUUUAUUGAGCUGGAUGGCCUGAGCUGUUUGCUGAACUUUCUGAAGAGCAUGGACUACGAGACCUCAGAGAGCCGUAUCCACACAUCCGUUAUAGGGUGUAUCAAGGCACUGAUGAACAACUCGCAAGGACGGGCUCAUGUCCUGGCUCAUCCAGAGAGUAUCAACAUCAUCUCUCAGAGCUUACGAACUGAGAACAUUAAGACCAAGAUUGCUGUGCUGGAGAUCCUAGGGGCUGUCUGCUUGGUACCAGAUGGUCACAAGAAAGUUUUGCAAGCCAUGCUUCACUACCAAGUAUAUGCUGCAGAAAGAACAAGAUUCCAGACACUAUUGAACGAGUUAGAUCGAAGUAUGGGGCGAUACCGAGAUGAAGUGAAUCUCAAAACAGCCAUCAUGUCCUUUAUCAACGCUGUGCUGAACGCGGGUGCGGGUGAGGACAAUUUGGAGUUCCGAUUACACCUACGAUAUGAGUUUCUAAUGCUGGGAAUUCAACCUGUCAUUGACAAGCUAAGGGAACAUGAGAAUGCCACACUGGACAGGCACUUAGAUUUCUUUGAGAUGGUGAGAAAUGAAGAUGAUCUGGAACUUGCCAAGAGAUUUGACCUGAUCCACAUUGAUACAAAAAGUGCCUCUCAGAUGUUUGAGUUGAUCAAGAAGAGACUGAAGCACACGGAUGCCUAUCCCUAUUUGUUAUCAAUCCUCCAGCACUGCUUGCAGAUGCCAUAUAAGAGGAAUGGAGGAAACUUCCAGCAGUGGCAGCUGUUGGACAGAAUACUCCAACAAAUUGUUCUUCAGGAUGAACGAGGAGAUGAUCCAGAUAUAGCUCCAUUGGAAAACUUCAAUGUCAAAAAUAUCAUUAAAAUGCUGGUGAAUGAAAAUGAAGUCAAGCAGUGGAGGGACCAGGCAGAGAAGUUUCGGAAAGAACAUGCCGAGCUGAUGAGCAGGUUAGAGAAGAAGGAGCGGGAAUGUGAGACAAAGACCCAGGAGAAAGAUGAAAUGAUGAAGACACUGAACAAAAUGAAGGACAAGCUGCAGAAGGAAUCCUUGGAGCUGCGCCAGACCCGGGACCAGAUGAACGACCUGGUGGCUCAACUUAAUGAGUUCUCGCAAGGGGGCAGCAUUUCCUUCCCACCCCCCCCACCCCCACCUCCAGGUGGCCCAUUAGCUCUGUCCUCUUCUCACAUGUCUGAGAAUUUGCCCCCGCUGCCACCUCCUCUGCCUUUCUCCAGCUGUCCCCCUCCUCCUGCUCCACCACCUCCACCAGGAGGACCUCCUCCCCCACCUGGAGCACCACCGUUCUUCAACAUGGGGAUGCCACCUCCUUCAACAACCACCUUCAGCAGCAGUGGCACAAGCCUCAAGAAGAAAUCCAUCCCACAGCCUUCACACCCACUGAAAUCCUUCAACUGGGCUAAGCUGAGUGAGGAGAGGAUCCAUGGCACAAUCUGGAAUGAGAUUGACGAUUUAAAAGCAUUCAAGGUACUGGAUCUGGAAGAUUUUGAAAAGAUGUUCUCCGCAUAUCAAAGACACCAGAAAGAGAUGGGUUCAACGGAAGACCUUUACCUCUCCACACGAAAGGUGAAAGAGCUCUCUGUGAUUGAUGGAAGGAGAGCCCAGAAUUGUGUCAUUCUUCUUUCCAAGCUGAAGCUGUCUAAUGAAGAAAUCAGACAAGCAAUCUUGAAGAUGGAUGAACAGGAAGACCUAGCAAAAGAUAUGCUUGAGCAGUUGCUGAAGUUUGUACCUGAAAAGAGCGAUACGGACCUGUUGGAGGAGCAUAAACAUGAAAUAGAACGCAUGGCCCGGGCAGAUCGUUUCCUCUUUGAAAUGAGCAGGAUUGACCACUAUCAGCAGCGGCUGCAAGCAUUAUUCUUUAAGAAGAAGUUUCCAGAGAGACUGGCAGAAGCCAAGCCAAAAGUAGAAGCUAUUCUUCUGGCAUCCAAAGAACUCAUCCGAAGCAAACGUUUGAGGCAACUCCUGGAAGUAGUUCUGGCCUUUGGGAAUUAUAUGAACAAGGGUCAAAGAGGAAGUGCAUAUGGCUUCAAAGUCUCCAGCCUGAACAAAAUUGCAGACACCAAAUCCAGCAUAGACAGGAACAUCACACUAUUGCACUACUUAAUCAUGAUAUUUGAAAAGAAUUAUCCAGAUAUUCUAGAUAUUCAGUCUGAAUUGCAGCAUCUUCCAGAAGCAGCAAAAGUCAACCUGGUAGAGCUGGAGAAGGAAGUCAACAACAUAAAGACCGGAUUGAAAGCUGUUGAAGCUGAACUGGAUUAUCAGAAGAGACGCGUGCGGGAAUCGGGGGACAGGUUUGUUCCUGUCAUGAGUGAUUUCAUCACUGUGGCCAGCUUCAGCUUCUCGGAGUUAGAAGACCUUCUCAACGAGGCUAGAGACAAGUAUGCCAAGGCACUGAAGCAUUUUGGAGAGGGCGAGGGCAAGAUGCAGCCGGAUGAAUUUUUUGGCAUCUUCGAUACUUUCUUACAGUCAUUUGCAGAGGCCAAGCAAGAUCUGGAAAAUAUGAGGAAGAAAAAGGAAGAGGAGGAGCGCAGGGCACGCAUGGAGGCCAUGCUAAAAGAGCAGAGGGAAAAAGAGAGGCGACAAAAGAAAACGAAAGCUGGAAGCAUCUCUGAAGAGAGUGGGGAAUUUGAUGACCUGGUGUCAGCACUGAGGUCGGGUGAAGUCUUUGACAAAGACUUAUCUAAGCUCAAGCGUAACCGCAAGCGUUCAGGAAACCAAGGCUUAGAAACAAGCCGGGAGCGAGCGGUGACAAAGCUAAAUUAUUAAUUACAAGAGAGAGAAAAAUAAUCAACCAAAAGAAGGUGAUGAGAAAGUGCAAAACAAGGAAGAUGAAUGUGUGUGAUGGUGCCUGGCUGACAGCUACCCCAAAGGAUUUCUUUGGUCUGUGGCUAGAGAUGUUACCUUUCCAUGAUCAGCUUUCCUCUCAUCCCUCUUCUGUGCUCCUAGUUCGAACCAUUAUAAAAGUGCCUCUGUGGAGCCAGCAGGGUCUGUGACUGGGCUGUGCAUAGCUGACAGAUUUGCUUCUGGGAGUUUAUUGUGUCAUCAAAGGCCUCAUAGUGAUGACAGAAAGUACUUGGGCCUUGCAGACUGCCUCACAGCUGGACAAAGAUAAUUUUCUGUGUGCCAAAGCAAAAACUAGUCAUGAUCUCCAUCUUGCUGAUAAAAAGCAGGACUGAUUUCAGAGCAGCUCUGUAAAUGCCUGUCACUUCUUCAAGAUCUAAACUGGCUGUCAGAAGUUUGUCAAAUUGUGGUUCUCAAGAUAUCCAAUUUCCUUUCAGAGUUGGAUUUUAUAAGCCAUAGAUUAGCACCUGAAAAAAGCUUUUGGUUUCAUGUUCUGCAUAGUAUUUUUGUGUGGCCUACACUUUCCAAAGGAAGUGAUGUUCAGAUGGAGGCAUCAGGUUCUGGAACAAAUAUAAAUUCAAAAAUCAGGAUCAACAUGAAAUACCUUGCAAAAGUCUUUUGGAUUCUGCUUUUCUAGAAGUUGUUCUCUGGAAUUUGCUGAUGGUUGGGGCUUGAAGCUAUGAAACACAUUCUAGGAAAGAAGCUCUGGCUUUUCUUUAGAAAACUAAGCCACUGCCAGGUUGGGAUUACAAGCAGGGGACAGUGGAGCCUGUUGUCAUUGCUGGAGAGUGGGGGAGAAAAAGCAGAACACUUCUUACCUGUUUGUGCAAGGUUAAGGUUUCUAAAUGCAUCCCAGUGGAAGUCAAAAGCAUCCUACUACCACCCACAGGUCACAAGUAGCAAAAAGAAAACAAAGUCACUGGCUACAAGAAAUGAGAUUUCUUUUCCACCUGAUGCUUACCUGUGACUGCUGUUGGCAUGAGCUGGUCAUUCUGGCUAACAGGCUGACCUUCACUGCACACCCUCCACUCCUACCUAUGGGAAUCCUGUAACUCAGUAAGAUAGGAAUGAUGUUGAAGGAGAGCACUGGAGCCCACAGCCUUUUCCAUUUUGAAGGGAUCACUUGGGAUGAACAAUUGGAGGGUCCCACGAUAAAAACUGAGAAUUUUUCCAGGAGGACAAAAAAUUUUGUACGCUGAGUGAGCUUUGGAGAUGGGUUAAUUCAUCAUGAAAAAAGAAAUUUUGUGUUUAAGCUACAUGGUUGAAGCACAGAAAAAAAUCAAAGAACCCCAAGAGGAGGCCUGAAUUCUGAUUUCUUUAUGUCUUCAGGGCUCUAGGGAAGGGAUUGGGUUGUGUAGGCUGUCAUGGUUGGUUUGUUUGUUUGUUUGUUUUAAAUUUUGUCUUCCUUUUUAAUUAUCUUCCCUGGAGAAGAAAAAGAGGAAAAGAAAGAAAUGGUGAUGGAUUCUUCCUCCUAGACAGGAUGAAAAGAAAGAACAUUUGAGAAGAGGGAUCCACCAUCUACAAACUAUGCAUCAAUAGUCAACAGCACAAAAAGUCAAGGAAUCCCAGGGAAGUGAAAAAAAGCUCUAUUUGUCACUUUAAUAAUUUGGUUUGAUUUUUCUCUGAAUGUCACUUAACCUCAGGCUCUGCACUCAGUCUGCAGAACAGAAAUUCCUCUGCCAUGCACGCUGCCUGAUCAGUAUUACACGCUACCAAUAUUGGAGAAGCAAACUGUGGUGGUUUCUGAACACUUUAAGAGUAAAAUAGUGAUGUAAAAUAUGGAAAAGAAGCAAAAAAUUCAGAAUUGUUAAACUCUAAUGUUUCAUUGUUUACUGAAUUUUAAGUCUCCCACCCUAGUAUUUCCCUAUUUACGACAUUCCAGACUGCUGCACCUCUGUAUAAUACUCAUCGUAAAGAGCUGGUAUCUUACAAGAGCUGGAUGCAUUCUUCUCCCUUACUAUCCUACUUUCCUCCUGGGAUUAGCUAUUAACAGCAAUGCCCAUUGCAGUGGACACAAGCACCUUGUAGAACAAAGACUGUAUUUCAUUAAGGUUUUUGAAAGUUUAAGAAAAACUCUCACUUUUUAAAGCAUUUUUAUUUUAAAUUACAAAAUGGAUUUUUAGAAAUGUCUCUUGUAAAUUAUAUUAACAAGCUCAUUGCUGCUCCCCAAAUUAGACAUGCUAUAUCCCAGCCCUUUUUGUUUGUCUUGUUUUGAAGCAUGCCAUAUAACCUAUGCCAUGUAAACUGUAUGAGAGGUGGUAAUAUGUGCCAAAUUGGUAUAUAGUUGAGUUUAGAUUUGGAUAAUCCCUAAAUUCCAAAGAUUAUGCUUUUAGGGAUUAGAACAUUGUAAAUUUUUCCCCCUCUUUGUUCUCCCUGGGUUUAGGACUCACCCAGAGAUUCAGGUGUAGUGCCAAGGUCAGUCCUGGUACAAGAUGAUGUGACUCAUGGCUCUGUAUAGUUUAACACAUAAGCUUGCUUGCUCCCCAGGUACUUCUUUGGUAAGGCAGACUGUCAUCAUGGCAGUGCUGUCAGAGAAGAAACACCUCAGGGCAAAACCCUUGAAGAGAAAUACAGCAUUUCCCCCCAUCCCGGUAUUUGUCAAACUAGGUUUGUGCUGUUCUUCUUGAAACUGAAGUCACUUUGCCAGGCCACAAAUGUAGCAAAAGCAGAGAGAGAGAUAAGCCCUCUAUUCAUUUGUGUACGCAGUUCAACCCUGAUUUAAAGAGAUCCUGUCUGAUGGUACGCAGCUCUCCAGCCACGCUGGUAGAGUCAAAGAAAGCUGCUGUAGUUUUGCCACCUUCUGGACUCAUAAAUAAUGCGGGAUUGUCCAAUUCCUGUAGCUCAGCUGUUGGAUACUUACUGGGACUGACAGAAAGCUCAGAGUUGUGCCCAUGAUUCACUGCAGCCCAACUUUCCCAGCACUCCAGUGCCCCAAACUCUCAUUUUGAAUCUGUGACCGUGGCUGAAGACUUUGUUCAGUGUCCUGGACACUGUCCCCUGGCUCUUGACUCCAUGCUGGAUUUUCAUAGAGAGGGUUUUGGAAAAGCUCGGUUACACACUGAGACAAGCAGAGAGGCAGGUUAAGAGGUCUACUAGGAGAGAUGAGGUUGGCCACAGAGGAGAAAAGGAAAAUUGCCUCUGCUCUAAGGCCUGGCAUCAGAUUCUUGCUGAAGCCAAGAUUUUUCUUGUUUGUCAUCUCUUGGGUACUGUGAAUGCAUCUGUGUUCUUCAUCAGCAGUUGUGAGAACUAAAGGAGAAAGAAAAACCGUAGUCUUUUUCUUCUAGUGCUAACAGAGCCUGAGCAGGUAUAGUAAGUGUUCGUGAGGUAUAAAUUGAGACAGCUUGUUUAUCACACUGAGAGCUGGAUCUGCUGUUAUCCUCACAUCUGUGCCUAGCACCAGCAUUUUAAGUGAAAUUACCGUGGCUUGGGAAUAAGUGGGGGAGUGGGACAUUUGAGAAAAAAGGAUGUAAUCAAGGGCUUGUUCUGUUUCUUUUAGAAAUGUAGUCAUUGCUAACUAUAGGAUGAAGUUCUUCACACCCAGAAGAGGAGAUACUUUCUAACUCUCAAGACCGUGUCCCUAGAGGUUUAGUACUCUCUUACCUCUGUGUAUCUGUGUUGUUCUUAAGCAGGUUGUAUUAGGAUGACCCUAGAAAAGACUGAUGAACUGCUUCCCUUUCCCUAUAUCCUCGGUCUGGGUCAUUGGUCUUGGUCAGUCAUAAGUCUCUGGAAAUGCUACAGGGUGAAGUGACUUGGGAACAGCAAGGCCCUUCAUGGCUUGCAGCACAGCUAUUGUCCAGUUCCCUAUGAGUGUUCAAAGUGAGACUCCCCAUGAGGGACAUGACUUGGGCAUCCUUCAGAAGUAUUUCUGUAAUGUGUUCACAGUGUCUGAGGAAAGGAAAGGAACUGUGAGAAGCCCUGGUGGGACACUGUGGGGCAGGUGUUUCUGUAAUGGUCAGCCCUACUGGCUGAACUUUUGAUCUUGUUUAGGAAAGCUCACACUCUGAGCUGGGCUGCAUGGGAGAAGUUUGUGUCAGGAGUUUCUGUGAGGGGAAAGAUCAAUUGUACAGUUGAUGAUGUACAUGAUAUAUGCAGUUUCGUUUCUGGGUUGGUUGUUUGGGGCUUAUUUUGUUUAUUUGGGAGUUAAAUGUUUGUUUUGGUUUUGUUUUGUUUUUCUUAAAGGUUUUAGGAAUCUCUAAGGGGAACCUGUAAAUCUGACACCUCUAUUUAUUUUGCCUUAUUUUAGUUUGCUAUGUUUGUAUGUAUACACUGCAUUACAGCAACGACUAUUGAGACAGUGCCAGGGCAUUACACCAGCAAGACAUCUGGCUUGGGUGCUGUGCAGCAGGCUGAGCUGGGCCAGGGGAUGCAUGUGAGCAGUGCUGGGGUGGGAAGGGAGGGAAGAAAAAAGCUUUCCUUUUGCUUUUGGCAUGAUCAGUCUGGUCCUAGGAAAGCAUGUGUUUUAAAGAGUGGGGUACACUGAUGUAGGUUGGUUAUUUUAGAACACUUUCUAUGAAACCUUUUUUAUUUCUCAUCACGAAUCACAGUGGGAAGACUGAGGAAAGAGGUAAGCUGCACAGUUUCUUGCUCAAGCUUCACCUUUCUACACAAAUUCUGGCCAUAAUGACAGAGAAGCUUGGAUAGAUGGGCAAAAGUGGUUCAUGCCUUGAAACUUCUCAUCAGAGUUACCAUGCUGAGGGAACAAAUUAGGACCACACUCCUUCCUCAGUACUAAUAUACCCUCCUAUGUUCAAGGCCAUAGAAGAAGAAUUUCCUCUCUCUCCUCCUCCACUCCACCUCCCCAGAUUAUCCAGGGCAAAUGAAUACUUUCUCCUGGUUGGUUUUAUACCUGUGGAGUCUCUUGCAAUCAGAAAGUGUUUGGCCAUGGCUCCUUGGCUUCUAUACUCAGCACAGGAGAUUUCUGAUUGCCUACCACCCAAACAGGUAGCCUCCAUUGGCCACCUUAUCUUACAUUAUCAAAGGUUGAAGAGGCCCACUUGGGUAAAUCAGUUUGGCCAACGAAAAAUACAGAGUUUAUGUAUGUAUAUAUACAUAUAUAAAAGCUAUCUACUACUCUAAGUAGUAGUUUUGAUGACCAGAAUCCCCUGAAGUUGGCCAGAUUUUGCAUGCUAUGCCUGUUGAGGAGGAUGCCAUUAGUAUAGCAUGGUGUUUUGGCACCUUGUUCCAUGAGAGAGU